UACGAGUGACUCGUGAAGAGGAAGCAUUGUCGACAAAAGUAAUAUCCUUAGCCAGGCUCUAAAUACAAAAAAAAUCUGUGAUCUUGAAGAUCGAAAGCCUCUAUAAGUUUGACUAUCUCGCCGGCCACGAUGGCCGACCGGGGGAGAAAGUCCAGAGCUUCAAUCAGCGGCAUUGUUUCUGGAGGUCAUCAUCUGGGCGUGUUGCUAAGAAAGGAGCGAGAUGCCGCCGAAGAGAGACAAUCGAAAGGGGGGGGGGGGGGGGGGGGCGAAACGGGACGGUAUGGAUGUGCCGGGUUUGGCGUCGGUCUCAUAAUGACCGAGGGCCAUAACGCCUCUUUCCUGUCAUGGGAGGCCGGGGCAAACAGUGGAGUAUCGGUAGUCUUCUGUGAGCUCUGUUUUUCGAAACGGCGUCCUUCUUCGACGACGCCAAACCGAGCGACGCAUCGAAAGGAUAAACACGACAACAUGGCCUCGGGAAUAUAGUCGAUUGGUGCCGCCAGCCGCACGCCGUGCGUGCACCUGAUCAGCUGGUGACUGGAGAAGCUAGCAUGAGCGGAACAGAAGAGAAAGGAGUGUAGAGCUUAUGCUAGUUUCAAGGAGCUGAGACAGGGGAGGGGUGUACAGACGGGAGAUUAUUUGGUCCUCAUUGCUUGACAAGCCAAGCAGCCUGACCUACCACACCAUAUGCUGCUCAUUAGUGACUCACUACAUCAAGCUUGAUCGGAAGGGCACUCGGAGUGAGCGGAGGUGAAGUGGUCUACCGAGUGUCAGAACUUCCCGAGUCUGUCUACACCCUUCUCUGAUGCAAGAUCAGACGAAGCGGUGACAAUGCUGAGAUGUAUAAACACCCCCAAAUGAGGGAGAGGGAGCUCUUCAUGGCCUUCAACAUUGACACCCACUCCGCCUCCCUCUUCAGGGGGAAAUGCAAGGUGAAACUCUUGAACGAGGUUGGUAACGUCGCCACUUACCUCACUGAAGAAAACUCGUUUUUCUACACGUUUGGCUACAAACCAGAGUCGAGGAGGCUAACACUCAGAAACGAAGACAUAUACAUCCCCCACAGCCAACAGGCGGAGCUUCCAGAGUGUCAGCUGGCUUCGCCCUCCCCCUCUUCUUCCUCCUCCUCCUCCCCUCGUCCUCUGAGUCCGAGUCUGCGAUACUCCCGUCCCGAGUCCAGGAUCACAAACCACGAGGAACUGGUCUGGAAACCUCACCAGUUGGCCGACGACCAGCUGCUAAUGUUUCUUCGAGCCGCCAGAAGCAUAGCUCUGCAUGCUGGUGUGUGUAUGAAAGGUCUCAUCACAGAUGGAUACUUGGCGGCCUCUUCAGAUGAGACCACCCAGCAAGCAUUCAACAUUCUCCAUCGCAAUGGUCACAGUACGGAGAAGGCCCUGCAAGAGCUGGUAAAGAGACCGACGGUUGGACAGUUGGUUGCAAAGAGAAACUGGAGCAAAGAGAGCACAGUACUUUUCGCCAAAGGGAUGCGCCAGUUCGGAAAGAACUUCUUCAAGAUUCAGAAGGAACUUCUGCCAAAAAAGAAAAUUAGAGAGCUAGCUGAAUACUACUAUCACUGGAAGAAGACCACUCCCGGGCUGACGUCAAGGAACACUCGUCGCCAACGGAAACAGACGCACAUACGACUAUCUCGGAUGAUGAUGAAGUCGCGAGAAAUCACCCCAGAGAGAGAAUACAUGGAUUGGAGUUCUUGUGAUGAAGAUGAAGCGACAGACGAAGACGGAGAGAAAGGUCAAAGCCUCUACGUCUGCCGACAGUGCUACACAACAGAUUCGCCGAACUGGCACCAUGCGGGCCUACAAAAGGCAAUUCUCUGUAAGAUCUGCAGACUCCACUACAAGAAGUACGGCCUCAUGAAGCCUACUGUUGAUGUGCCCGCUGAAGUCCCCGACAUCCUGUUCAAAUCUCACUACGAGUCUCCCGGCAACGAUGACUCCGGUGCCACGGCAACCGGAAGCCGUAGGAAGACUCGAAACAGUAACGGGUCGAGGGGCAUGGGGUCACGACCGGGCCUUCGCAGUCAGAAGAUUGCCAGUAAGAACGGCAGCGAAGACGAGGAAGAAGCAACAGACAGCAGCAGUGAGGGAAGUUUCGUAGAUGACGGAGUCAGAAUUCCUCCACAACCCAAACAGAAAUCCCUCAAAACCCGUCGCUCCAUACUCGAUCACCUUGACGACAACGCAAAGGCCACACCCACCAACAUGCCGGAGCUCAGCGAGCAGAUGACACCAGCCAAGAGAGCCAAGACAGACGAAGAGGGGGCAGAAAGCGAUGAAGAGGACGGAAGUACCAACGGAGAGGGUGACAGAGACAGCCCCGCCUCUUCCUCAUCCACCCAGAAAUCGCCCCUGGCAACCAAUGCUACCAUGGCAACCACCACCGUGGUUCAAAAGUCACCCGCCAAUGUUCCAAUCACUGCUCAGCCACUAGCCCCGGAGAAGAGCGAGGUACCUCCAUCGUCCACCGCAACUCUGCUUCCCGAGCCAUCGCAGCACCAGUCGGCCAGCGACCCCACCUCCAUCAGUCUGCCACAGAAUUUCUCGCGUGUGUCAAAGGAUGCGGAGUCCACCUGUGCCCGAACUGACCUGGUGUACAUACACCCUCCUCCAGAGGAGAAGCCCGUCAGCGUUCCCAAGCUCCACCCGCAAGUGGUCCAGAGACUCACAGGACCCCUCCCUCCCCCCUCCCACCCUCCCAUCUCCUCUACCCACCCUCUACCAAAAGUCCCCAUCAUCACGAACUACGCACCCCAGCUACCUAUGGGUCCCGGACCAAUUCUCCAGUUCCCAUUCCCCUACCCACCUCAGGCAAUGGUGGCUGCUUCCACGUCAGCCCCGCCCGUUUCCUCGCACGACCCCGCCCACCAGAGACGGGCGGAGUCCGUGGAAACGGCUGUGAGGGAGCCGAAACAGUUGAGUUCGCGAGAGGACGACCUGGCAUUGCAAAUGAGGCAUCAGCAGCAGCAGCAUCUGAAGCUUGUGCAGGCACAGCAGCAGCAGCAGCAGCAGCAGCAUGCCGCCCAUGCCCAGCUGGUCACUGCUCACCCCAUGCAAGGUGCAGUAACACAAGCCCAGGCCAUAAGCCACGCCACACCGCUACCUGCUCACUCAAUAGAUCACCUGACCCAGGGCGGGAAACCCCAACAGCAGCAGCAACAACAACCGCUUGCAUUCACGUUUCCCACUCCAGAGGAAGUGGCUCUUCAACAACAGCAGCAGCAACAGCGGCUCCUGUCUCUUAUCCAUUCCGGGGCCGUACCAGUCGGCACCGAGCCCUUCCCCGGAGCCAUCUUCCAGUCGGGAGGCAGUCUGUACCAUGCAGCUGCCGCUGCACACCUUUAUCCAGCUCUGGCAGCUCACCCGCUCACAAUUGAGGCCUUUUCCCACCUUCGCCCCGAGGAACAGGCAGCUCUGUUGGCUGUGCAACAGCAGCAGCAGCAGGCUCAGGGAGGUAUACACCAGUUCAUGCCCGGUGGUAUUGUGCCCCCGAUACUAAUGGAGCAGUUGAUCGCUCAACAACAACAACAACAACAACAACAACAACAACAACAACAGCAGCAGCAGCAGCAACAAGCAGCAUUGGUGGUGGCUGGUAACGCAACGGGUGGGAUGACGGCAACUCAGAACAUGGUUCCCGCGACGCCGGCUGAGAACGUCAUGGAAAUCCAGCGGCACUACGAGUUGCUCCUCCACAGCAUUCAGCGGAACCCAAUCAUCGCCCAGUCGCCCCAGGUGAAGAUGGCCAUGGAGCAGUAUCAGCGGAUCCUCCAGGAGCACCACAUGCAGCAGCAGCAGAGGUUUGUACAAGAGGUCCUAUCUCAGCAUCAGCAACAUGAGAUGCACAAGCAGCUAUUUCUUGCGAGGGUGCCGCCUGGAGUCCAAGCAACCAUGGCCUCCGAUGACAAUUCAUCGUCGCGUGGCAUAAGAACAGGCGUCAUAGUUCACCCUAACUAGAGCUUCUUCACACUUAGAGUAAUCAUUAUUUUAUGUUCUUCUGUUUUUUCUGUAAACAAACUGUUGACUGUAAUGUUAUACGUAAAUUCGGUGCUGUUUUGUUUAGUUUUUUCAACUUGCAUUUCACCAUCCAUUUGUGUCUAAUUGUACAUACCGACCUUAUCAAUUUUUGACAUGCUGGACUGGUAUAUAUAAUUAUACACUUAUCAUUAAAUAUGCGAGGCUGUAAAAAGCCCCACAUUAUUGGCUGGGUAGGUAAACAUUGAAACAAAAACAAAGGCAGGCAAAUGGUAGCAGUGAGAAUGAUACGUGAGGUGAUUGUUGAUUUGAAUAAAGGAUAACCGAAAUUACUACAGUAAAUUGAUUGUUGAAUUGAUUGACUAGAGCAGAACAACAUUGACGGAGAAGGCGGCGAUCGAUAUCAAGUUAUUUUGACGGUGGCCAUUGCACCCACGUAGCUUCGCUCGUUCUUCAUGGGCGGGAGGUAAGACCACGAGUCUGUCACUGGGUCGUACUGCUCGACUGACGCUAGUUGCUCGGAUCCAUUGAACCCUCCGACGGCAACUACCUUCCGAUUUAGAAUCGCAGCACCGAC